UUAAUUUAACAUGGACCCGCUGCAGUUGAUUUUGGCGCGCAAUUUCAAUUUAUGGACUUACGCUUGCGCAAUUCUUAAUGAGGAGACUGCGGUGACUGCAGCCAAAGCGUGGCUGCUUAUUCCAGCCCGGACGCCUAGGUGUCCAACAUGCAGAGGCCCCAUGUCUAGAGAGACCAAAAUGAGUUACAAGCUUAAGUACCGAUUAAGGUGCUGGAGGUGUGCUAGGGAGGGCAGGCCGUCCAUUAGGUCCCCUCUUAAAAAUACGUUUUUUGAGAGGGCCCACGUUAGCGUGUUAAACACGCUACGUCUUAUGGUACAUUUCUUGAGAAAGGAUAAAGUGUCGCAGGCGGCAAAAGAUGUUGGGGUUACAAAGAAAACGGCAAUCCAAACAUAUCAUUACCUAAGAGAGGUGUGCGAGGUGGCAGAAGCCCACGACAGAGACUUGUUAGGCGGAAGCAACGACGUAGUAGAAAUAGACGAGACACAUUUGUAUACAAGAAAAUACCAUAGGGGCCGGCUGUUAAGGCGGCAAACAUGGUCGUUUGGGUGCAUAAGCCGCCUUACCAGACAAAUACACGUAGAGCUAAUCCCAAACAAAGCGCGUACGACUCUGGACCCUAUAGUGGAGGCAAACGUUCGCACAGGGUCGUACAUUAUGUCCGACAUGCACCGCGCCUACAAUAAUAUACAUUUACGGUUGGGCAUGAGGGGUCACUCAGCUGUCAACCACAGCCUGAACUUUGUCGGGGGCACGGUUGACAUUCCCGUAGAUACCUCCCUGGGGGUACCGGCUCCAGGUGGGAACGUAAAGGUAAAAAUCCACACCAACACCCUGGAGAGGCAGUGGCUAGAACUAAAAAGGCAUUGUCGGACAUGUCGAAGCCAGCGUCGCCUUAAGUGGUACAUGGGAGAAUACAUGUACCGCCACAACAUUUUAAGACAGCUCCCAUCAGACGCGGCUCGAUUUCGCCGGCUACUAAGGGAUAUGCAUAGGGUCUAUCCCGGUUUAGGGAAAAGGGGCAUCAAGAGUAGAAACUGCCGGUGUAGCAGCCCCAAUUGUCGCCGUCGCAAUUAAAAUCUUUUUUCGUGCACCCGGUACGAGUAAUCUGCCGCCUGCGACCGACGACGCCAUUAAUGUAGCCGUCAUUUUUACAGCACCUCCACCCCCACGGUAUUCGGCCUCCACAAAUUUCCCUCUCGAGUCUCUG